GGGUGAUGUAGCCAGGUUGGCGGUCCUCGUCGCCACGGUCCGGGGAAGUCGGAUAGACUUGCUCCGUCAGUCAUUGAUAUGCAGUGAGAAUCGGCGCUCGUGUGCGCAGCAACACCUACUGUAUACAGUAUGGAUGACGGAUCUACGCCUGUGAGAUUGCGCAGAGCUCUUCCUACGAACCUACAUGCAGGCGAUCUACUAGAGUUGGAGUACACGAGGGUCAGUGACAUACCUUCUUCGCCAUCAACUCGCGCAGGUGUAAAGACGCCUGAAGCGCUGCGCUCGGGGUUGUCGCCUCCCGAGCGCCCGAGCUCCGAAUGCACAGUGCAAGUCUCCAUGACGGUACCACCGCUCCAAACAUCGCUGUAUGUAGGGUGGCCCAGGGAGCACAGAGAAGAACAACACAGUUGCUCUCGCGGGCUGAACCUCCGAGUCGGGAGUGAUGUGUGGUUCAGGAGCGACAACACGGUGCUCGGUGGUCUGAUGCACACGAAUGGACCACAAGGCGAGGAAGCUGUCGGAGAGCAUAGGACAAAAGAUAGGUUUAGAAGCAUAGUUGGGAUCGACCACAACUCUUCGUGCGUGACGUUGCAGGCAUUUCUACUCGCAAUUGGCAGGAGCGUCGCACGCGAACUUCCUUGA